CGCCAAAGAAGCUGCCUCUUGUUUGACAGAGCCAGCACCUUUGGGCGGGACAAAGAGCCCCUGCGGCAGCACAGCCAGGCAAGGACCACCGGCGCCCAGCUCUCCGAAGCCAGCUUCCUGAGGGCUCCGGCUGGGGUCAUGGCCAGGACUGCUCUGGACGCUGCUCUCGGGAGCACAUCCCUGUCCACCUGACCACCCUGUAUCCUCCGCAUCCCUGCUGGGUUUCCUGGCUGUCCCUUGAUCCCACCCUCUACCAGGUCCACCCGUCUGUCCUACAGAGCUGCUUGGGGCCACCGGCUUGGAUGGACGCGCUGAGGCUGCCCCGGCAUCCAGGGGUCUUGCUUCCGAAGUUGGUCCUGCUCUUUGUCUACACAGAGAAUUGCCUUGCUCAGUGUGGCAAAGAGUGCAGAUCUUACUGCUGUGAUGGAAGUGCACCCUACUGCUGCUCCUACUAUGCCUACAUUGGGAACAUUCUCUCGGGCACCGCGAUUGCCGGCAUCGUGUUUGGAAUCGUGUUCAUCAUGGGGGUCAUUGCAGGAAUCGCCAUAUGUGUCUGCAUGUGCGUGAAGAAUAACCGGGGGACCCGGGUCGGUGUCCUCAGAACGACCCACAUCAAUGCCAUCUCCUCUUAUCCUAUGACACCACCACCCUACACUUAUGACCACGAGAUGGAAUAUUGUGCAGACUUGCCUCCACCGUACUCUCCAACCCCACAAGCUUCAGCCCAGCGCUCCCCACCCCCUCCUUAUCCUGGAAAUUCAAGGAAACAUUCCUCCUCCCACAACAGAAUAUGUGCCAAUUAGCAAUUUUAUCCAGAACAAAUGCCUUAAUUUAGAAACAUGCAAAAAAAUGAUUGUCUACUGGUUAAGGACGGAUAACAGCUCAGGCAGAAUGUCCAUGUGGAGACCAAGAUUCCUACCCUGCUCGAAGCUGACCUUAGAUGGAGAAUUAUGCUUGGUUCUCUGAAGUUACAUAGUAAGGGAUCUACUGAUCCACUCAAGCACAGUCAGAUUAAAGCAAUCCACUUGACAGGCCAUCUGAUGUUGAUGCUGCUUUAGGAAAUUUCAAUAUUGUACCUGGAAUAAAGAAGAACAGAGGAUAGUCUGGUCUACAUCAGGAAAUAGAUGUGUUCCAUAUAGCUUUAGGAGAACUAGAUUGUUCAUUAUUUCGUUUGUCCGCAAAUAUGUAUUCGGUGCCUUAGAAUCUAUUCUGUGCCUGGCACCAUUGGAGGUAAUGGAUGGAAGGAACCAGAAGGGAACUUUGGUUUGCGCACAGGCAUACCUCAUCUUGUUGCACUUUGUCCUUUUGCAUUUUUUCAAGUGUUGUGUUUUGUUUUUGUUUUUGUUUUUGUUUUAUAACAUGAAGGUUUGUGGUAACCUUGCACCAAACAGUAUCACUCACCUAGCAGUAGGAACUCACUUCUUAUCUUUGUAUCACAUUUUGGUAAUUCUCACAAAAUUUCACAUGUUUUCAUUGUUGUUAUUACUGUGUCUGCUGUGGCGAUCUGUGAGCAGUUACAGUUGAUACUGUUACAGUAGUCUUCUAUUUUGUUUUGAACUCUGUCCCUAUAAGAUAGUGAGCUUAGUACAUUGAUAAAUACUGUGUGUGCUGUCUGUUACACUGGAAAGCUUCUCCCCCUCCCUUUUCUGGGAACAGUGUUGAAAUUAGGCCAAUUAAUAAGCCAACAAUGACCUCUAACUUUUGAAACUAAAAGAAGAAUAAUACAUCUCUUGCUUUAAACUCAAAGCUGGAAAUAAUUCAUCUUGGUGAGAAAGGCUUGUUCAAAUCUAUGAUAGGCUGAAAGGCUGGCCUUUAUACCAGUUUAUACACUAAUGGGAAUUACUUGAAGGAUUACUAAAAAGAUCUCUCUCCAAGCACAUGAAAAGAAAAGAAAAAGGUGACUCAUUGUUAUAAGGAGGACUCUUUAGUGGUCUGGGUAGCAGAUCAAAGUAGCCAACUUCCUUUAAGUCAUAAAGCUUAACCCAGAGCUAGGACCUAACUGUCUUCAUCCUACAAAGGCUGGCAGAGGUGAAAAUACUGUAAGAGAUUUGAAGGUAGCAGAGAUCAGUUCCUGAAGUUAAGGAAAGGUGCUGCCUCUACAACAUCGAAGUAAAGGCACUGCUGUAUAGGCCUCAGCCUGUUCUCCCAAAGACCUAGUUAGGAUCACAUACAAAGAUGGCUGCAGUAAACCAGAGUCUAGAUGUAAAUGAAAGAUCCUACUGUUCAAUUCAUGCCCUUUACAACUUCCACAGCCAGAGAAAAAAAAGUCAUCCUAACUCCAAAGGCUCAAAAGACAAAGCUCAAAAGUUGUUAGUGUCUACAACAUAAAUGAUGAACUCAAAUGAAGCCAAUAUCCAAUGUUCAUUUACUAGCUAAAACUCCUAGCACUCUUAAGAAUAUACUAAUAU